AUGGCUUUGCCUCAGCUCUUGCAUUCCCCUCAAUCCUCCACCUCCUCCUCCCUAAUCCCCACAAAAACCCACUCAAUACCCUCGCACCAUGCUAAAUCCGCCGCCGCCGGCCUCUUCUCCCCACCGCACCAGAGGCGGCGGAGGUCCUGCUCCCUCUCCUGCUCCGCCUCCUCCUUCUCGGAGAAGCACCACACCAAUCCCCCCAAGUCCGACGACGUCGUCGAGCUCCCCCUUUUCCCGCUCCCCUUGGUCCUCUUCCCCGGCUCCGUCCUCCCUCUCCAGGUCUUCGAGUUCCGCUACCGGAUGAUGAUGCACACCCUCCUCCACACGGACCUCCGAUUCGGCGUGAUCUACACCGACGCUGCCUCCGGCACGGCCGAAGUAGGCUGCGUUGGCGAGGUAAUCAAGCACGAGCGCCUCGCAGACGACCGAUUUUUCCUCAUCUGCAAAGGCCAGGAGCGGUUCCGGGUCACCCGCCUCGUCCGCACCAAACCCUACCUCGUCGCGGAGGUGACGUGGCUCGAGGACCGCCCGUCCGCCGCCACCGGCGGCGGCGAGGACCUUGACGCGCUGACCAACGAGGUGGAGAUGUACAUGAAGGACGUGAUCCGGCUGUCCAACCGGCUCAAUGGGAAACCGGAGAAGGAGGUGCAGGAUCUGAGGAGGAAUCUUUUUCCAACUCCGUUCUCGUUUUUUGUGGGGAGCACGUUUGAGGGAGCCCCGCGUGAGCAGCAGGCCCUGCUGGAGCUCGAGGACACAGCCACGAGGCUGAAGAGGGAGAAGGAAACUCUGAAGAAUACACUGAAUUACCUGUCGGCGGCUUCGGCUGUUAAGGAUGUUUUCCCGUCUUCGUAG